AUGUGUUUUGGAGCGACCUGCCCGACCUGCUCAAAGAAGUCCUGGCGUGGAUGUGGUAGCCACGUCCGGCAAGUACUCGAUGGAGUGCCAGAGUCCCAGUGGUGCACUUGCACCCCGCGCACAAAGAUUGAUGGCAAGGAAUAUCCUCCUGCGGCGGCGAUGCAGAUUCCCGGGCUGAGUUGGAUCACGGGCAUCUGUGCAAAGAGACGGCCAAAAGGGCGUGACUUUUCCACUCCCGGUAUUAAAAUCCCCCACAGCGAGAAAAGCUAUUGGUCUUCCCCAGACUUGGAUUGGAGAUUUCCAAGCUCCAAGGCGGUCCGGUCCUUGGCCGGGAGGCCGUCAACCAUGUUGCUCCUGUCACCGGACUUCAUUGCCGGGGCUGCUGCUCUGCUCCUCGUCAUCCAUGUCGUCGUCCGCCUCACCUCGGCCAUGGCAAAGGUGCCCGGCCCGGUUGUGUCCAACUUCACCUCGCUCGUGUUGAAAUGGAACGAACUCGGCGCAAACCGUACCAUGUACCUCCAUGACUUACACAAAAAGUAUGGCCCGGUUGUCCGUGUUGCACCCAAUGAGGUGUCCUUCACCUCAGCGGCUGCGCUCAAAGAGAUCUAUGGCUCCGGCGGUAGUGGAUAUGACAAGACCGAGUUUUAUGACCUCUUUCAGGUUUAUGGCAAGCGGACCAUGUUCUCUACGCUGAACAAGGGCGAUCACGCAAAACGAAGGAGGAUGAUCGGUGAUCGAUAUGCCAACAGCAAUGUGAUGAAAACUGCGCCUUUGGCUGGCAUACAGGUGCGCUCCAAGAAGUUCAUCGAGCGCUGUGUUAGCUCUCCUGAUGGUACAGCCGAUGUGUUUGACGAUGAAGAGAUGAUGCAUCAGGUAGCUGCUGAUGAUAGCCUGAAAAACCGGCUGGUCCAGCACUACAGCCCAACUCUCCAUCGAGUUGUAUCCAAUGUACUUGCUAGCUUUGCAAAGCCUCGAUCUAUUCCCUUGGCCGACAACUUUGUAAUUGAGAAUGCCAAAGAGGAUGGAGCGGCUGAUUUCACCGUGUUGAACCGGCUCAAGGAGAAGAACAGCGUCCUAGACACCAUCGACAUGGCAGCUGAGUGCCUCGAUCAUAUGGCGGCUGGUAUUGAUACGACCGGCGAUGUUCUCUGCUUCUUGAUGUGGGAGCUUUCGCAACCUCGAUCCAUUAAGUACCAGCGUUUACUCCGAGAAGAGUUCCGAAACAAGCCCGACGCACCCUUUGACGAGCUGACUCUUCUGGACGCUGUACUCAACGAGGGCUUGCGGUGCUUCCCUGCUAUCCCUAUGUCUCUUCCUCGAUAUGUUCCCCAGGGCGGCCGUGUCAUUGACGGAUUUUCAUUACCAGAGAAGACGGUGGUCAGUUGCCAGUCCUUUUCUGUUCAUCGAAUCAACGACGAUGUUUUCCCCGAUCCCGACAAGUUCUACCCUGAACGAUGGCUUGAGACUGACGGAGACGCCGACCGGCGUCGGCUCCAGUGGGCUUUCUCUAGCGGAGGGCGAGGAUGCAUUGGAAAGCACCUUGCCAUGGCAGAGAUGAAGACAUUACUGCGUGACGUCUAUUCACAGUAUGAAACUGAGCCAGAUGAAUCGAUGAGCACCGAGUCUAUGGCCAUGGAUGACCAGCUCAUCUCAUCGCGACCCCUUGGAAAGCGAUGCCUCCUCAAAUUCGUCCCCGUGACAGAGGAAGAAAAGAAUCAGUGAUGCCCUUCUGCCGACUACGGCGGAAUGCAUUUGGGAGGAGAGGUAGCACAAAACACUGCCACAUUUACACCAUCCUCGACUUGAAAGGGCAACACCUAGUGAUCCCAGCUAGGGCAGCACAGACCUUGACAGGAGCGGGGGGAGGGGUUACCCUUGGUGUAAGGGUUUCGUGUAAGACGUGUCAUGGUAUAUCACCAAAACAUCACGCCAACCUCAUGAUGUUGGCAAACUCGAACCCGGGUAAUAACGGCGUGAACCUGGUAGACGACCAUGUGUACCUUUGUCGAGAGGGACGCGCAAUGUGUAUCUUGAUAGACAUGUUUGGAGCA